UCAUAUCAUGUGACAAACCCGUGCGGCUCACAUGAGGAGACACGUCUUUAUAAGCGACGUUGGGUAUUAUCAUAAACUAAUAUGUUUAUGAACUUGGAAGACCUUUCGUCUUUCGCGUGAGCAAGUUUCUUUCGAGACGCACUUUUAUUGUGAACUUUGUGUGAUCGUGUCAAGCAAUUUCUUCAUAAUGGCGAUGAUAUACUGGUGUCUAGCGCUCGCCUGUAUUUACGUGGUCCAAGGACGCACACCUCAGAUCUUCCUUAAAAGACCAGCGUGUUAUCUCAACCCAGAGCUGGACAAGAACAGUAAAGAAGUAAUAAAAACACCAAGGCCUCAUGAGUACAUCAAUAUCAAAGAUCUACCAGCCUCUUUUGAUUGGAGAAAUGUUGAUGGACAAAACUACGUGAGUGUAACACGUAAUCAACAUAUCCCACAAUACUGUGGUUCAUGCUGGGCUAUGGGAACCACAAGUGCAUUAUCUGACCGAAUCAACAUCCAAAGAAAAGGAGUGUGGCCUGUGAACUACCUUUCAGUUCAAAACGUCAUCGACUGUGGAAAUGCAGGCUCAUGUAACGGCGGGAAUAUGAUUCCUGUGUAUGAAUAUGCACAUACUGAUGGGAUACCUGAUGAAACUUGUAACAACUACCAGGCAAAAAACCAGGAUUGCGAUACGGAACAUCAAUGUAAAACAUGCUCACAUUCCGGCGAGUGUUACGCUAUAAAGAACUACACUCAUUAUAAAGUUAGCGAGUACGGUCGUGUUAGUGGUUACGACAAGAUGAAAGCGGAGAUCCACGAGCGAGGUCCCAUUGCUUGUGGGAUAAUGGCAACUGUGAAGUUGGAUAAAUAUCUUGGUGGAGUAUACUCAGAAUAUAACAAGGAUAUUUUCAUCAAUCAUGUCCUGUCUGUGGUGGGGUGGGGCGUCGAGGACGGUGUCGAGUAUUGGGUUGUCCGCAAUUCCUGGGGGAGUCCCUGGGGGGAAAAAGGAUGGUUGAGGAUUGUGACGAGUGCAUAUAAAGGUGGUCAAGGAAACGACUAUAAUCUUGGCAUCGAGACCGGUUGUGCCUUUGCUGUUCCUAUUAUUCCCCCUGAACUGACCGCAAAAUGAUUUUUGGAUUACCUGGAUUACCACUGCUAAAGAAAGGCCGGAAAUUUGGACUGAAUAUGUAGCAAGUUUACAACUAAUAUUGAACUUUCAUUUUGACCUGAAAUAUUGAAAUAGAUUGAUUUAAAUACCAAAUUAUAAUAACUUUUAAGUUUC